CUCACUAUCAAUCCAUCACGGUGAUGCAAAGUUCAGUAUACGCGACGAAUAGUGGAGUAAGUGCGGUGUGUUAUGAUUACUAUGCAGAGAAUCUGGCUACUGGCUCAAAUGAUGGAGAAGUUUCCAUUCACCUUCGUAAUAGCGAGAACAACCAAUGGAAAGAGGAAGAAUCAUUCAAAGCUCAUGAUAGCCGCGUUAGCUCAUUGAGUUACUCGUACCCAGCAUUCUCGAAGAUAUUAGCUACUGGAUCAUACGAUCGUACAAUCAAAUUGUGGGAUUUCAAGCAAAAUAAUUGGAAUCUAAUUGCGAAGUUCACAGAAUCCAAAACUCCAAUUAUGAAAUUGCAAUUCAGUAGCCCAUCUGCACUUCAACUUGUCGCUAUAUCCUCAGAUGGUAUCUUACGCGUUUAUCAAGCUAGUGUACCAUCAGAACCAUCAUCUUGGUCGUGCUUACACACAUUACACGUUACAUCUUCCCAACCAAUAACUAAAAACCUCAAAGAUAAUGCAGAAACAUAUACAAUAAGCGUUUGUCCUGACAAGGAAACUAGCGGAAUGUUAGGAGUGGUGGCAGGUAACACCAAUAGUGUGGAUAUAAUAACAUAUUCAACUAGCCAACGCACAUCAAUUGCCUAUCAACUAGAAACCAACUCGAAUAACUCCAUUUCUAGCAUCGCUUGGUCACCUGGUUGUCAACGCGGUUAUUGGAAUUUUGCAGCUGGAUCUCGCGAUGGAUUUGUUAGAAUAUUCAAGCUUUCUUACUCUGCUCACCCAGAGGAUGAUGGAUUUAAGAGUGAGCUUGUAGCUGAGUUAGAACACGGUGGAGUCGUUGCCAGCUUAUCAUGGAAUGUCUUUGGAAAUGUAUUGACAUCUUCAGGUGACAAUGCUAAAGCCAACGUAUGGAAACCAUCUUAUACAGGCGUUUGGACAUGCCACAGCACAUACACGAUAUCAGAAUAAAUGAAUAAAUUAUUAAUGUAUAGAAAUAUCUAAUUGUCAGGCUUAAG